AUGUUGGUAUGCAGAAUGUAUUGCUGUACAGCUAAUAAAAAGAUAUUGGCCUACUCCUGUUUUUUUCUUUGUAUUUUUUGGUUUUUGAAGUUCUUCUCUUUACAUUACUAUGUUAUUGCAGCAGAUCAUGUAGGGAUCUUUAGCAAAGGUGAUACUGAAAGGGUUGUCAUUUCCUGUCUCAGGGCUCCUAGCUUGCUGUGGUUUCACUCUGAGUGGUUGACAGCAGCAGGAUGUGUGUGUGCCUCCCAGACCUGCCUGAGCUGCCUCCGCUGCUGCUACUCCCACGCUCUCCCUCUCUCUCUCUCUCUCUCUCUCUCUCUCUCUCUCUCUCUUACCCCUACAGACAAUAGCUGGGCCCAACAUCAUGGCUGGCAAUACUGACAUCUCUUACAGCUUACAAGGUAAGGAGCUCCACUGCUUUUCCUGUCACGUAUCUUUCUCAAUGUAUUCCUAUUUUUAUGCUCAUUUAAGAUUGAGAUGGCCUCUUUAUUUUUUGUCCUGUCUCCCCCCUAAAAAAAAUAUUUGUGUCAAUGCAAUGGCUGUAUCCUCUUAGCAAAGAUCUGCCUGUAUGUCGUGUUGAAUCUGAAAUAUUAAAUUUUUUGUAUGAAUGGCUCGCUGUCCAUCUGUAUGUUAUUUUCAUGCUUCUCUAUUCUCUCCUGAGAAGAGCACAUCACUCAGCUGCUGAAGCCCCAGAAGAUUCGUCUCAUGCGGCAUGUGCAACUAAACCAACCCAAGGGGAAGGCUGAGUGCAGGGUUCUGGUGAGUAUGGUCCCUGGGUCCAACAAAUCACUGUGGUGGGUGGUUUAAUCUGUACUUUGUGGUUAAGAAAACCCUGCUACAUGGCAUCGGCUGGGGCUUGUUUGCCUCUAUGGGCAUUUGUUUAUAUUGACGACAGAGGGUAAUACUAUAUUAGCUGUGUGUAUUUAAGUGUGCAAAAGAGCAGCAGCUGAUUAUCUGUCGUUAGCUUAUUGGGCUGGAACAAAAUGCUACCGAAGGGUCUCCAGGUGGAGGGUUCACCCCAAGUGAAAUAAAGUAUAUCUGUUUGUAAUGUGGCUGAAGUUACCAGGUUCCAUCUGCAAGUGGCGCUAUUAAGCUGACUCUAGCUCAAGCUGACAGCUGGCAGUCUACACUGCUAUAUGAAUGGGUGAAACUUUGAAAAAACCUCCAAUACAAUUAGCUACAUACAAUGUAGUCCAUUCUCUCUCACACACACACUAGACAGACAGCCUUUGAUCUCGUAGUGGUUACUGACAUGUUUGUUUUUGUUUACACUUUUCCACCAGGUGAUGACUCUAUGGAGAGCUUAUGUUGUCCACAGCAAGCAACCUGUCAGGGUAAGUGUUUGUGUGUUUACUCAUGUCUUGAAUACUGUUGCUCCAACUGUAAAUCAACUACAUGUGAACACCAUUGCUUGAGGCUGGUUAUGGUCAGUCAGGACUAACCUCAGGACUAACUUCCAGUCUGAUAUGAGCUUACAGAAGAAUGAGGAAAUUAUUGUAAAAAGAGGCAUUGGGUACUGGUAGUCAGGUAUGUAUCUCCCUCUAGAAGAAAUACCCAGCCAGUGCCAACUGAGUCCCAGCACACACCUCAAAUAAAAGUGGAGACCUGAGGGUCAAGUUGAGUAUUAACUUACUGAGUAGAGGAAGGGAGCAUGGCACGCUAGAUAGAGGUGGAGGAAGCCAGGGAGAGAGAAAUGGAGCGUCUCAAGGCAUUAGACAGAGGAUGGGACCUGUAUUAGUACGUUCUAAUAAUUGUUAUACAGUGUAGAAACAAAUUAUGCUGGCCUCAGUUUGUGUUUGUACACUUAUAAAGCAGAAAUGCCUCACCUGGACAAAAGGGAAGUAACACACCUGUAUGUUGGCAGAUAAAAUGUAAUCUAAUGUGACUGAAAGUGGGCAUGACUUCACUUACGCUUAUGUCAGUUGUGUACUUUACUAUAGAUACCGUGACCAUGGUUGGAGGUCCAUAAAGGCAAAUGUUUUGUUUAAGUUUCAGUCGUAAUGACCUCCCUCCCCCACUCUCCCCUAUUAGCUGACGUAGUAAUGAAAACUCUUAUCUUACUUUGACUCUCAUUGGAGCCGUAGCUCCCGAACCCCCCCCCCCCCCCCCCCAAACAGGACCUCUGUCUCUCCCACUCUUUUCUUAUAUACACACACAAACCCCCCCUCUCUUUCUCUCUCUUCCCGUCACCUUCUCUUUCAAGUAUUAACCUGUGUGAGUCAGUAUGCAGUUUCUGUGUUUGUAUCAGUGCUUCACUGUUGACCACAGUCUGGUCUCUCCCUGCAGGUGGAAAGCUCCUUCAGCUAUUUAGAGAUUUAUGCCAUCAGCAUUGAGAGCCUUAAUCAGGUAAACCAAAUGAUCUCCUUCUAUAUGUGUUUAAGUGACAUGUUUUGUAUGGUAUUGUGUGUCACUUCUAACUUGUCUGUUCUGUUGAGCUUGAAUGACUUGAAUGACAUGUUUCUCAGUACUUCAUUGAAAGAUUUGAAAGCUGCUUGAACCAUGAUGCAAAUAUUUGUUGCACAUACAGUACCUGUAUAUAAAGGGAGGGGGCAAUGAUGGUAUGUGGCUGGCUGACCACUGUGACCUAUGGUUACCACUGCCUGGGUGUUAAGAGGUUUUAAUGUCUGUUUGAAAAAUAGCAGCCCUGAUUGACAAUAAGGUAGCUCUGAUCACUGCUGGUCAUGUAAAUGAUUCGCUGUACAAACAUGCUUUGUGCUGAAUAAGAGAAACUGGGAUAUUUUUUUUUAGUCAUUUAGUCAUAUCCAGAAUGACUUACAGGAGCAAUUAGGGUUAAGUGCCUUGCUCAUGGGCACAUCAACAGGUUGUUCACCUAGUCAACUCGGGGAUAUCAAACCAGCGACCUUUUGGUUACUGGCUCAACGCUCUUAACCGCUAGGCUACCUGCCUCUGUUGCUGUCCUCCAACCCAUCACCAUAUGUUUACUAUCAGUAUUGGACCUACCACAUAUGGAGAUGGAAUUAUACCAGUAAGAAAUGGGGGGAACUUCAGAUUUCCAUCCACUCAUCUGAACAAUCCCCUCCUUACACACUUCUGGUCCCAUUCCAUAUACACAGGAUGCAGUCAAAGGUCACCAGAUUUCAGUCAGGGCUUUGCGAUUUUGUAUUUGUAUUUAUUAUGGAUCCCCAUUCUUCCUGGGGUCCAGCAAAAUUAAGGCAGUUAUACAUUUAAAAAAAACAUUACAAUACAUUCACAACAGAUUUCACAGCACACUAAGUGUGUGCCCUCAGGCCCCUACUCCACUACCACAUAUCUACAACACAAAAUCCAUUUGUACUUGUGUAUAGAGCGUAUGUUAUCGUGUGUGUAUGCAUGUGUCUGUGCCUAUGUUUGUGUUACUUCACAGUCCCCGCUGUUCCAUAAGGUGUAUUGUAAUCUGAUUGUGGUGGUUUGUCUUCUGUAGCGCUUCAGAGGUUAACACUACGUCUUGUUGAUAGGAAACAUUAGUCACCACCACUGUUUCUGGUACUGGGGGGAGGGGGAGUGAGCAUGUGCAGACACUGUCAUUCUUUUUGACUGUUGCUCAGUGACACCAAAUAUUUUUUAUAACUAACCCAAGAUAGCCCACAGCCUGUUGUUUCCAAUGGGAAAAAUGAGCCAAAUAGGGUUAAACUGCCUUCUAAUGUCGACUUUGCUUAUGGAAAACCAUAUCAAGCAAAGGUUUUUACGCAUGCUCAGUUCUUGGGUCUCGAGCGCUGCGCGAGUGGAAAUUUGAAAUGGACGUUAUGGAACUCCCUUGUGUGCUUCUGUUAAGGGUAAAAGUCCACAAUGAAACUGACAUUAAAUGUGGAGAAUGCUACAUUUGCAUUCCUGUUUUUGUUUUUUUGCACCCCCGCGUUCAGACAAUGUCAGUCGCCCAUGUCACGACUCAUCACAAUGUCUACAGUGGGAGCGGGUCAGUUGUUUGUUCACCCGCACCCGCCCGCAAUUGCUAUUAACCCGUCCGCAACUGCAUAACUAUAUAUGAUAAAGUGAAAAUCUGAGGCCUGCACCUGACCCAAACCCACUAUAUAGAAAAUGCGCUUGUAGCCUAAAGUCAAAGAUGGCGGAAAGUUUUUUUGACGGGUGCAGUAUUUUUUGUUGUUGUUGCCUGGUUUAGAUGUUUCUAAUUAAAAUUUCCGAAAUUUUUUGUAGGCUAUUUGUUAGGCAACUUGUCUAUAAUUAGAUGCAUGUAGCUUCUCUUCUGUCAUUAGCCUAUGUGUUGCCCUAGAAGACUAAACUCUUGCUCACCAGAAUGUCAUAAAUCGAUGAAUGCUUCAAUCUAGUUGACAUUGGUAAAGUCUUCUCUGUCAUCUUCUUUCGCGGAGCAAAGACGUUUAGGUAACGGGGAGAAAAUGCACCCCAAAAAAAUACGGGAGAUUUUCUGUUCAAAAUUUGAAAAUGACAUCAGUUUGACCAUUUGUAAGGAAAUAGAAAUCUGUGAAAACGACCCAACAUGUUUCUGAUAAGAUUUCAGUUCGGCUUGGAUGCAUGUUUUAUGUGGUUGAAAUACUAUAAACUUUUAUGAUGUUGAUAAAGAGCACCUCAGACGGUAUCUAACUGAGCAUUCGCAUUCUCUCAAGAUGCUGAAAUAAAUAAAUCAUAUUUCUCCACUCCUGUUCCCUAGUCAACAUUUUACCUACAUCAAUAUUAACGCUAUGUGAGAGGUUAUAGACCUACAGUCAGUGUCCAGAUUUCAGUUUCCAUUUUACCCAUCUGAAAUGUAGGCUACAGUUCCCUUUACGUGACAUGCCAUAGGCCUAUAUGAAGUCCCCAUCUUGUGACUAUCGAAUUUGUAUAGCACCUCACAAUCAUCACACAUAACACUGCUAUCAUCCUCUUUUACCACUUCACCAAAUCUUUCCCAAACAUUACUUUUCUGGCCCUCCCUUCUCUUUAUUUUGAACUCUCCAUUUUGCAGUGCAUUGACAUUAACCUUUUCUGCUCGUUUCCAAAAGCAUUUGGAGAUUUUGUGUGUAGGCUAUUUGGCACGCAAACAGUUAGGCCCUAAAGUUUAGGCUUACAAUGCCAGAUAGCCUAAAAUAAUUAAAUAAAAACCUCAAUAGCCUAUAGAUAAUAGCCUACAUUUAUGGAGUUACGGUAUUGUUUUCCCUUGAUUCAAUCCGUCCCCCACCCCCCCGCCCUCCAUCCACACAAUAUUUCAUGACCCCAAAACCCUUGGCCCUUUAGAUAUAACAGCUGGGACUGUGAGUUAUGAGUCAACCUCUGCAUCACUAGUCUACAGGUAUUUAGUUACACCAAAUGGACAAGUAGAGACGGUGUUAAUGUGUUCACUUACCUCUAUACUAUUUUGAAAAUCUUUAUGUAAGAAUGUGCAUCUGUAUCUCUGCAUGGUGGUUUUAGUGACAGACAGAUAGAAAGACUCCUUUGUACUGUAUGUGUUGACCAUUCAGGUGGUGAUUGAGACGGACAGACAGACCUACUCUCUCAGUCUGACAUCUGUUGAGGACCUUGAGGCUAUGGUCAGUCAUGUGACAGCUUCUCUGAAGAAGAUCUUCCCUGAUUCAUCUCCAGGGUGAGUGUCAUGGCAAUGCAGAUGAACAUUUUCCUCCCUCAAACCUUGUGAGAGUUGCUUGUGAUAUACUUAUAGCAGAAACCCCUGAAGUGAAACAUCUACCCAUUAACCAACUGAUUAAGGAUCUUUAGUGCUCCUCUUCUAUCCAAGGAAUGGACGUUUUCUUACUCAGAGAGCUCACUUCUGAAUCAUAUUUCAAUCCAAUACCAAUGCUAAAGUGGAUACCUAAUGUAAAUAUCUGUCAUGCAUGUGUGUCUAUCUCCUGCUCUCAGGAAGAUCCUGAAGAAGAUCCCUCCAGACCUGCAGGAGCGGCUGUGGAACCUGGCAACCCGGGUGGAGGAGCACCUGACUGUAACACUGGGACCAUGUGGUCAGUAGAAUAAUACGGAGCACUGCAGCAGUGUCACCUCAUUUGUGUGUAUUGUACUAUGUGGAUGUGGAUUUGUACAGUAUCUGAUCGCUCUGCCAUUUCCUGGUUCUCUACACUACAGGAGGCUUCUCAGAGACGUAUGCUGCUCUAUGUGACUUCAAUGAAUUCCCCUGCAGAGAGGAGGUCCAAUGGGUCAGUAGGUUACCAUCCCCCUAUGAUGACACCACAUUCAAUGUUUCUGAUAAAUCUUUUUUUUCUAUUAUUAAUAUCAACUGAUGUAGUCAUACAUCAAGAAUAUUAGUAGAGGUGUUUAUGAUUUAUAUUCUUUCAGGAUGUGGACAACAUUUACUAUGUCCAGAAUUGUCGGGAAUUCAACCUCCUGGAUUUCAGUCAUCUGGAAAACAGAGACUUGGCCUUAUCAGUGGCCGCCCUCUCCUUCAACCAAUGGUUCACCAAGAUCUCCAGCAAAGACCUCAAACUGGUAAACAUUUUAGCCACAUCUUGGUCUGUUUCUCCAGGUCCAUUUGGAGAGCUCACUGUCUCAUGCUAUCACUAUCUCUCCCUGAGUCCUGCUCUCUCUGUACCUGUCAUGGCUGUCUAUAAGUGUUGGCAGUGUGAGCUGAUGAUGGGAUCCUGUGGCUGACCUAACUGGCAGCCUGGUCUAGGCUGCAGAGUCUAGCAGGGCUUAUCAACAUUCCUCACAUGUACACACAGACUGCUGUGCCCUGGAGGCAGGGCACGAUAAUGACUUCAUAAUCUAGCUACUUUUGUGUUACUGAUACUGCAGUGCCUUUAGGCAAUCACCUGGCUAUGAUCGAGGUCAGGGAAAUGGCCUUCAUGAUAAGGGAGAGAAGCUGUGUGUAACUGCACAGAUUUAUAUUCUACAAUAAGCUUUCUACAGAUAAAUGUAUUUAAGGUGGUUUAUGACCAGAGAAAAGUGCUGAUACUGAAGAUGGAGAUCAGAUGGAGGUUCUUAGUGAGAUUAGAUUUGCUGCCAGUUUAUGGAGAUGGGAUGGCUAAUGAUUUAAUACAAAUCAGAGGAAUAAUUCCCUCUAUGUAUCUAUCCCCAGAGCGCAGAGGUCCAAGAGCAGGUUCUCUUCAUGAUCAACAGAUCCUCCACCUUGGAGGAGGUGUGUCUAGAGGGAAGCGGGCUCAAACUGUGAGUAGUCUACUACAUGAUACACCUCACCUCCCUUAAAAAUCCCUAACUCCCUCCCUCUCUCCCUCCUUCUCUCCCAGAACAGUCUACCUGGUGCCAGAGGCACUGAGGACAUGGGACAUCUUUGGAUGACAUUCGAUUUUUGUGAUUGGUUCACACUUUAUUAUUCAUUUUAGUUCCACAGUAAUAACUUAUUUCUGUUCCUCUUUCUCACUCCUGACCCUUCCUCUUGUAGGGAUUUUGCGGUGAAGAUGGCCUGUGCCCUGCGAGAUCACACCCGCUCCGCCAUCCACACCAUCAACCUUUCAGCCAAUCACAUAGAGGACAAAGGCGAGCAUUUAGUUACCAUUGAUCACUUUUUAGGUUUGUCAAAGUCCAUUGCUGUGGUUCCCUGGACUGGCUAGUGACUACUCAUCUGCUCAUGUGUGUAACCUUGCAUUAUCUUUCAUCAGGUGUGAUAGCUCUCAGUCAGGAACUGGAGAAUCUGCCCAAUGGUCUAACCCAGCUGUCCCUCUCCAGGAUUAGUGUCUCUCCCAAAGGUACAUUCAAACUCUUCUGUCUGCUUCACCCUUUUAAAAUGUCCACCUUCCAUAAAGAUAUGAAUGUAAUGGCUUUUACAUAUUCUAUUGCAACCAUGCCAUACUACCUGGGUUGCUUUUUUUUGUGCUACAUACUGUGAAUUAAUAGAGAUCUGUGCAGCUUCUUUUUUCUCUCUGAUUCCUUUCACUCCCUUCCAUCUAUCCAGGUCUAGGUAGUCUGGCUCAGGCGUUCUCUCAGAACAAGGCCUUCUCCAGCUCUCUGUGUCACCUGGACCUGUCAGGGAAUACAGGCAGUCUGGCUACAGAGGAAGCUGUGGUGAGUGCGGGGGCAGCACUUGUUUUCAGUUCACUGCUUAGAAUUAAUUCUCGCUCACUCCAUACACUAUUACACUUGAGUAAAGCUCCAUACUGUAGGCACUAUUAGUCUCAGCUAAAUGCGUUUUGUAAUGUAUAGGGUGUAUGCUAUGGAACAUUAACUCCCUUGGUUAUAUUCAGUAAUGGGUUGUCUAUAGAGGUUAUUUGCCGUAAAGGGAGUUUGUUUUGCCAGUGCAGUCUCAAGUGACAGGAUAUGCAUGCUAUUUGAUACUGAUAUGACUUAAUGAUGCAGGAGGCAACUCAAUCAGAGUAAAUGUAUUACUCCACUGUACAGUAUUAAAUUGAGUUGGCCUGUAGUUGGGUUUGACUCUAGUCUACAGGACCAUAGCACUGAAUAGCUUUAUAUCUUUACCUGUCAGAACCUGUUUAAGUUCCUGUCUGGGACCAACGCUGUAUCGUACCUGGACCUGAGUGGCACAGACUGCCCUCUGGACGCUGUAAGUGGCCUUUUCCCUUUCACCUCCAGACAGUUUCUGUCAUAUUCGUAAAUUUAAAAUGCACAACCUGAUCUGUUUUUCGAUGUCACAUGUUUGUGCCAAUGUGAACCAAGUAACUUUUUACAUCCCCAACUUACUUCUCUCCCUAGCUGUUUGUGUCUCUGUCAGCAGGCUGCUGCUCCAAGCUGGCCCACCUCAACCUGUCCAGAAACCCCUUCUCCCACAGGUGAGCUCCCUGCCAUGUGCCAUCUCUGACUAGUGUUGCCUGACCCAUCCACUGACCUGUCUCUUUCCCCAGGAAGGCGAGGGAAGUGACGCGGACUGUAAAGGAAGUCUUCAGUAAGAGCAAUGAGCUCAGAUACGUGGGAUUGGCAGGAACCAAACUACCCCCAGAGGCUCUCAGGUAAGCACUGAUGGAAUGCUAUACCAGGAAAUAUAAAUGUGAUGCAUGUCAAACAGAAUGUGAUGCAUACUUAUAGUUAUGUGUUUGCAUUUUAAUUUACAUAUAUUAUGUGUAUACUGCUGUUUGAUACGCAUAUUCUUGUGGUGAAAUUAACUCAAUCGGUCUGGUAUGCAGAUUGUUGUUGCAGGGUCUGGCCACAAAUACCCAUCUGUGUGGGCUGGAGCUAGACCUGAGUGGCUGUGAGGUACCUAUACAUACAUACAUACAUACAUACAUACAUACAUACAUACAUACAUACAUACAUGCAUACACACAAACACACACACGUACGCACGCACACACCCCGUUCACUUUUUUAUCACUAACCAGGUAUUGAGCUGAGCUAGUUUUUGGCUGGCUGAUAAUCAUGUGUAUUAUAUGUGCAGCUGAGGUCUGCUGGGGCCCAGGUGAUUCAGGAGCACAUAUUUGAAGCAAAGGCCAUCAGCAGUCUGGACCUUUCUGACAAUGGUAUGAUUCCUCACCUCACCCAAUUUCUCUCUCUCUCUCUCUCUCUCUCUCUCUCUCUCUCUCUCUCUCUCUCUCUCUCUCUCUCUCUCUCUCUCUCUCUCUCUCUCUCUCUCUGUCUCUCUCUCUGUCUCUCUCUCUGUCUCUCUCUCUGUCUCUCUCGCUCUCGCUCUCGCUCUCGCUCUCUCUGUCUCUCUCGCUCUUGCUCUCUCAUUUUCUUCCUACCUGGAGAGAGUACAGUCAAGGGAGGUGUGUGUGUGUGCUAGGUGGUGCCAACAGGUGAUAAAUCACACACGAUUCAGAUAAUAUAACAUACACAGAGAGAGCGAGACAUAAAUUAUUCUCAGUGUGUGUUUCUCGUGGGAUGAUCCCCUGCUCUCUAGCACAAUGAGGAGAGCCCAGGAACAGCCCAGCCUCACCAUGGGGAAGGGGAGGGGGCUGGAGGGCUGUUCUGGGAACUGCCCAGGGGGAUUCUGCAGGGGGCCAGUGUGUGGGCAUCAUUACGAUCAAACCCCUUCACUAGAAUAGAGUAUUAUGUAUACAUUUCUGAGCAGGAAUCUCAGAAGGCAACUGAACACUGCAGGCAAUUUAUAUUUAAGGCCUAAGAAAACAUUACGUUUUUGAUUAAUAAUAUGAAAUGCGAAGUACCUGUUUUUUCUGCCUUAUCAUUAUACCUAGGCAUACUUUUUGGAACUACCAAUAGAAAUUAGAAAAUACCAUUCUCUUCUCCUACUAUGAUCCCACUCAAACCUGGUUCUGGAAACACGGUAGAGCCAAUCAAAUGCUUGACCACUGAGAAGAGCUCAAAUCAGGCCAUGUUAUUUCUGGAACAGGCAGAUAAGAUCAGGCAGGCAGGGCUCCCAGCCUCCCACAGACAAACCUCCGUGCAGUACCGGGAGUGACCAAGGGCAGACACAUCAGUGUCACUUAGAAUAGACACAGCACCGCUGGGACACUGAGGCUCCAGCAUCCUGCACCUGCCUGUCUGCCAACCCACUUCCUCAUCCAUAUUCAUCCAGUACAGACAGAGCUUGGACAACAAUUUAUAAUGAAGAGAGGAUACUAUGGUGUAUUGCUGUAACCAUGUAGCAUGAGCACUUCUGGGGAUCACACCGGCAUCACACUGACCAAGACUAUGAUGGGGUCCUACAAUCUCCUACACUAGCCAGUGGCUCAGAUAUAGAGACCAUUCGUUUUCAUGGAGAGUGCACAUUUCAAAAGGCUCCUGGGAAUCAUAAUUGGUGUAUUUAUGACUGAAUAGGCUCAACAUGAAUUGAGCUGACAUGAGAUGGCUUCCUCAAAGCAUACAUAUAUACAGCAUGCAGACUGUCCACUCCUCCACAGUGAGUUACUGAUAUACAUCUCUCUCCUCUCAGGUUUUGAGAGUGACAUGGUCACCUUGGUGCUGUCCAUCGGUCGCAGUCACUCCAUCCGCCAUCUGGCUUUGGGACGCAACUUUACCAUGAAGUCCAGGUGAGUAAUUUACUCUGUCAGAACCACUGUGUUUCCUAUCCAUCUACCUGUCAGCUGUCUCUUCACUCUCGCUCUCUCUCUCUCUGUCUCUCUCUCUCUCGCCCUACAGAGCUCUAACAGAUGUCCUACAGCGUAUCGUCCAGCUCAUUCAGGAGGAGGAGUGUGUGAGUGUUCGAUCUCGUCCUUUGACUGACACUUACUUACGUCCUUUUAUAUCUCAAACACUUACAUUUCAUAGUGAAAUUAUUAGUAAUGUGUACUAUCUACCUGUAUUAAACCUGUUCUAACAAGCUGUCGUAAACAACCAUUGACUGAGUUAAACAUCAGCUUAACUCUGUAAAGACCUCAUCAUUAACACUACAUUCAUCUCCUCGUUUCUCACAACAGCAAAUCUUAGUCUCCUUUACCCUUUCCUUUGUAGAUAAUAUAAUUACUCAUCCCCAGUUCCAGACUGCUCCUCUUAUGUUUUGACCCUGGCUCUACCACUGCCCAGGCCUCUUCUCCAGUAUUAAAUUCAAAUCACAUUUUAUUGGUCGCAUACACAUAUUUAGCAGAUGUUAUUGCGGUUGUAAUGAAAUGCUUGGGUUCCUAGCUCCAACAGUGCAGUAAUAUCUAACAAUUCACAACAAUACACACAAAUCUAAAAGUAAUAGAAUGGAAUUAAGAAAUAUAUAAAUAUUAGGACGAGCAUAAAUAUAUAUGAUGGGAUGUAUAGACAUUAUGGGCAGUAUGUGGAUACAAUAUUUAGUAUAUCUGUAGAAUACGUGGGAUAGAAUAGUAUGCAUAUAUAUAUAUAUAUAUAUAUAUAUAUAUAUAUAUAUACACACACACACACACACACACACAGUGGGGAAAAAAAGUAUUUAGUCAGCCACCAAUUGUGCAAGUUCUCCCACUUAAAAAGAUGAGAGAGGCCUGUAAUUGAGAAAGAAAAAUCCAGAAAAUCACAUUGUAGGAUUUUUAAUGAAUUUAUUUGCAAAUUAUGGUGGAAAAUAAGUAUUUGGUCACCUACAAACAAGCAAGAUUUCUGGCUCUCACAGACCUGUAACUUCUUCUUUAAGAGGCUCCUCUGUCCUCCACUCGUUACCUGUAUUAAUGGCACCUGUUUGAACUUGUUAUCAGUAUAAAAGACACCUGUCCACAACCUCAAACAGUCACACUCCAAACUCCACUAUGGCCAAGACCAAAGAGCUGUCAAAGGACACCAGAAACAAAAUUGUAGACCUGCACCAGGCUGGGAAGACUGAAUCUGCAAUAGGUAAGCAGCUUGGUUUGAAGAAAUCAACUGUGGGAGCAAUUAUUAGGAAAUGGAAGACAUACAAGACCACUGAUAAUCUCCCUCGAUCUGGGGCUCCACGCAAGAUCUCACGCCGUGGGGUCAAAAUGAUCACAAGAACGGUGAGCAAAAAUCCCAGAACCACACAGGGGGACCUAGUGAAUGACCUGCAGAGAGCUGGGACCAAAGUAACAAAGCCUACCAUCAGUAACACACUACGCCGCCAGGGACUCAAAUCCUUCAGUGCCAGACGUGUCCCCCUGCUUAAGCCAGUACAUGUUCAGGCCCGUCUGAAGUUUGCUAGAGUGCAUUUGGAUGAUCCAGAAGAGGAUUGGGAGAAUGUCAUAUGGUCAGAUGAAACCAAAAUAUAACUUUUUGGUAAAAACUCAACUCGUCGUGUUUGGAGGACAAAGAAUGCUGAGUUGCAUCCAAAGAACACCAUACCUACUGUGAAGCAUGGGGGUGGAAACAUCAUGCUUUGGGGCUGUUUUUCUGCAAAGGGACCAGGACGACUGAUCCGUGUAAAGGAAAGAAUGAAUGGGGCCAUGCAUCGUGAGAUUUUGAGUGAAAACCUCCUUCCAUCAGCAAGGGCAUUGAAGAUGAAACAUGGCUGGGUCUUUCAGCAUGACAAUGAUCCCAAACACGCCGCCCGGGCAACGAAGGAGUGGCUUCGUAAGAAGCAUUUCAAGGUCCUGGAGUGGCCUAGCCAGUCUCCAGAUCUCAACCCCAUAGAAAAUCUUUGGAGGGAGUUGAAAGUCUGUGUUGCCCAGCGACAGCCCCAAAACAUCACUGCUCUAGAGGAGAUCUGCAUGGAGGAAUGGGCCAAAAUACCAGCAACAGUGUGUGAACCUUGUGAAGACUUACAGAAAACGUUUGACCUGUGUCAUUGCCAACAAAGGGUAUAUAACAAAGUAUUGUGUCUCCCGAGUGGCGCAGUGGUCUAAGGCACUGCAUCGCUGUGCCACUAGAGAUCCUGGUUCGAAUCCAGGCUCUGUCGUAGCCGGCCGUGACCGGGAGACCCAUGGGGCGGCGCACCAUUGGCCCAGCGUCGUCCAGUGUAGGGGAGGGAAUGGCUCAGCUGGUAGAGCAUGGCGUUUGCAACGCCAGGGUUGUGGGUUUGAUUCCCACGGGUGGCCAGUAUGAAAAUAAAUAAAAAAUAAUGUAUGCACUCACUUAACUGUAAGUCGUUCUGGAUAAGAGCGUCUGCUAAAUGACUAAAAUGUAAAAUGUAUUGAGAAACUUUUGUUAUUGACCAAAUACUUAUUUUCCACUAUAAUUUGCAAAUAAAUUCAUUAAAAAUCCUACAAUGGGAUUUUCUGGAUUUUUUUCCUUCAUUUUGUCUGUCAUAGUUGACGUGUACCUAUGAUGCAAAUUACAGGCCUCUCUCAUCUUUUUAAGUGGGAGAACUUGCACAAUUGGUGGCUGACUAAAUAAUUUUUCCCCCCACUGUAUAUGUGUGUGUAUAUAUAUAUAUAUAUAUAUAUAUAUAUAUAUAUAUAUAUAUAUAUAUAUAUACACACAGAAAUAGUUCAAUAGGAUGGCAUUGACUACAAUACAGUAUAUACAUAUGAAAUUUGUAAAACAGUAUGUAAACAUUAUUAAAGUGACCAGUGAUUCCAUGUCUGUGUACAUAGGGCACCAGCCUCUAAGGUGCAGGGUUGAGUAACCGGGUGGUAGACGGUUAGUGACAGUGACUAAGUUCAGGGCAGGGUACUGGGUGGAGGCCGGCUAGUGAUGGCUAUUUAACAGUCUGAUGGCCUUGAGAUAGAAGCUGUUUUUCAGUCUCUCGGUCCCAGCUUUGAUGCACCUGUACUGACCUCGCCUUCUGGAUGAUAGUAGUCUCCUGUUCCCUGCUGGGAGAGCUGUGUAAUGAUGGAGGCUCUGUGGAAACAUAGUCCUCUGGGACCUCCCCUUGAGUGAAAGCAAGUCUUUUAAUUACCCAGAAUCCUUAUCCAGUGAGACAAGGCCCACCUCAGUAAUUACACAUUGAGCAGCUGAGACUCGUACAGUAUACAAGGCUCAUUAAAAUCGUGUAGACAUUUUCUCUGUGUAUCAAAGAGCCAGAUGUCAGGCUGAAGGUCAUGUAAUCUAACUGAAGUUUUCUCAGGCCCAGAGCCCCAGACUCUGGGCUCUGAUUGGAUGGAGAUCUCCAAUCUGGCUCAGAUCAGUGGUGUGUGUUUGUGUGCAUGUGUGUGUGACAUGCCCACAGCCCCUGGAGUCGCUGUCAGUGUGUGACUCCAAGCUGAAGACAGGCACCACCAUCCUCAUCAACAGCCUGGGCAGCAAUGCCAGCCUCACUAAGAUAGACAUCAGUGGAAACUGCAUCGGAGACACUGGAGCCAAGAUGCUGGCCAAGGCCUUACUCAUCAACACUAAACUCCGGUAACCUAGCCAUAACCCAACUUAACCAUAAACUGACCUACCCCAACCUAGCCUACCCCAGCCGCAAUCUGGAAUUAUAUUACCAUGAACUAACCAACACUAACCUGACCUGCCCAGUGUAUAUCUCUACACAGGACGCUGGUCUGGGACAGGAACAAUGUGACAGCCAAGGGAUUUCUGGAUGUGGCCAACGCUCUAGAGAGGUGAGUCGUAGAGAGGAAGAGUCUCAGUCCAUCAAACAGUAAUAUUGCCUAAAAGAUAACCUUACCCCUCCUUUCCUGCCUUUGAAUGGUUGUUUCAUUCCUCAUUCUUCUCUAUGUGUAUGCAUAAACACAGGAACUUCACACUGCAGCACAUAUCCAUCCCCAUGAAUGACAUCACACACGGGUAUCGUAACAGUCCUGAGAAGACAGAGGAGGCUCUGCAGAAGGUGAGAUUGGGCUGUCCAUGAGGAGCCUGAUAAAAACGGAUGUCUGAGUCACCCUGGUAUAAAACACUUGUCUGUAUUCUGCUGUUGUGUGUCCAGAUCCAGGCGUGUCUGAUCAGGAACAGCCAGAGACAGUCUGGAGGCCCAGACCAGAUACUAAACCUCCAACAGGGCCUGAAGACCGUACGCUCUGAACAGGUAGGUCAGCCCUCGUUCUUGGAGGAGGCAACAGAAAUAUACACUGAGUGUACAAAACAUUAGGAAUACCUGCUCUUUCCAUGACAGACUGACCAGGUGUAUCCAGGUGAAAGCUAUGAUCCCUUAUUGAUGUCACCUGUUAAAAAUCCACUUCAAUCAGUGUAGAUGAAGGGGAGGAGACAGGUUAAAUAAGGAUUUUUAAGCCUUGAGACAAUUGAGACAUGGGUUGUGUAUGUGGGCCAUUCAGAGAGGGUGAAUGGGCAAGACAAAAUAUUAAAGUGCCUUUGAACAGGGUAUGGUAGUAGGUGCCAGGCGCUCCGGUUUGAGUGUCAAGAACUGCAACGCUGCUGGGUUUUUCACGCUCAACGGUUUCCCCUGUGUAUCAAGAAUGGUCCACCACCCAAAGGACAUCCAGCCAAUAUGACCCAACUGUAGGAAGCAUUGGAGUCAACAUGGGCCAGCAUCCUUGUGGAACGCUUUCGACACCUUGUAGAGUCGAUGCCCAGACAAAUUGACGCUAUUCUGGGGGCAAAAGGGGUGCAACUCAAUAUUAGGAAGGUGUGCCUAAUGUUUUGUACACCUAGUGUAUGUGUAUAUCUGUAUGUAUGAGGGUCUGUUCCUUUCCCAUAUUCCUAACUUUCUGGUACAUUUGCCACUCUCACUCUGUGUCUCUGUCUGACUCAUCCCACAUCUCAGAUGGUUCAAGGUCUGUGUCAGAGGUUACAGGAGAGUGUCCGACCUUUAGCCCCCUGCAAUAUACAGGAAGUGCAGUCAGACAUAUUGGCUGCAGAAGAAGUGCUUCAUAAUGCUAAGACCUCCAUUACGGUAAGGUGUCCUUGAGUUGAGUCCCACUGAUAAGACAUGUUCAUCAAUGUUUUUGAGAGGUCUAGACAUAAACAUAUAAGGCCUAGUAAUGAAGGAUUUUGAGGAUGGUGAAAUAUCACUAAUAAGUUUAUGUUCAUCCUCCAGCUAUUGCCUUCACUUUAUGAGCUGGGGAAGACACCCUCUAGUGGUGCAAUGCUGCAACAUAUACUGAAUGACACGGCCAAAACAGUCACCAACGAAAUAACAGAGGAGAUUCAGGUAAUACUGACAUUUUUGUGUCUGUAUCAUGUGUGUGCACAAUGUAUAUGAGGUAUCAAUAUGCAUCUGUCAGUUACCAACCACACUGAUAACUAUCAACAUUCAGCCAAAUUGAAGAGAUAUGUCUAAACCUGCAACACGUGAUAGGGAAAAACUCAGGAGAGGUCAUCCAGGUGAGUCUUCCAGGUGACUGGUAUGCCCUGUGUGUUCCAGGAGCUGGCCCAGGCCUUGUUGCAGUCAGCCCAGACCCUCUGUCCUAGGGUCACCCACAGGUCAAGUGUCUGUGAGCAGCUGGCUGACUGUGUAGCUAAGAAGUCCAGACAGACAGCCCUGUUCAUCCAGGACACCUUCAUGCAGCACAUAGGAGAGGUCAUCAGUAACAAACUCAGGUAAACAGCUGAAUACACACACAUCGACCCUGAAAGAAAAACACAGCUUAUGUAGAACACAAACAGUUACAUCGUACAUAAUCUUUGUUGUUUUGUGUCAUACUCAUGUCAUGCUCAAUACUAGGACUUUUCCCACCCAGUGCCUCCCACAUCUCUCAUAAAGCUCACUGGUUGCUUAUGAUUUACUUCUCCCCCUCCAUUCAUUCUUUGUUUUUCAUUUAUUUUUCAGUGAACUCAAACUGUCAGUUAGUGUCUCCUUGGUGGAAAGUAUCGUUGACGAGGUUCUGCAGGACUUGUCUGUGGCUCAGCAGAAAUUGGUGAUACUUUGUUUUGUGUGUGUGUUUGUAAUGUAUGUGUGAGUUGUGUUCAGUGUUGGGCAAGCUACCAAUGACUUCACACUGGAAGAAGAUAAGCUACACUAAAGCAACCCUUAAGAAAAAUACAGUUUACUUAACUAAAGUUACAUUGAGAAAGUAGUUCCCUAUAUCCAAACUACUUUGUGAUAAAUUAUCAUAUCUAAAUUUGAAAACGUCAUGGACAACAAAUUGCAAGAACAGAUCACUCUGGAGUUGGAUGUUAACAGAAUGUGUAAUGUUGCCCAUUAAACAGAAAAACUGUUUCGCGUAAGAAUUAGACAGGUCUGAUGACAGGUCAUAUUUGAUUUGAUUUUAGCUAAAAAGUAGUGCGUAGUUCCAGCAGCUGUGGCCCCGUGUAGCUCAGUUGGUAGAGCAUGGCGCUUGCAACGCCAGGGUUGUGGGUUCGUUUCCCACUGGGGGCCAGUAUGGAAAAAAACAAAUGAAUGCACUCACUAACUGUAAAGUCGCUCUGGAUAAGAGCGUCUGAUAAAUGACUAAAAUGUAAAUGUAAUACCUUCACCUACCACCAAACUACUGCAAAAUGUAGUUAAAUUACUAGUUGAACUAUGUAGUUCACUACUCCCCAACACUCGUUGUGUUGGGUGUGUUCGAUUAGUAUAACUGAUCACCACCCUCCCUCACCUCAGGACCGUCAUAUGAGGGAGCAGACCAGCUCUGGACUCAAAACCAAUGUCCCUCAUCUACGAGUGGUAGAUCAUGAUUUCCCCAUGGAUGAUGUAAGAGCUCUGACUAACAUAGCCCCUCUCUAAAACACACACAACCCACCAUACUAAACAGUGUAUGCCAUACCAUUGUACCAGUCUACACAAGUAUCUACAUGACCUGCAUUAGUUCUUGUUUAAUACAACUAACUGAAUUUCUCUCUCUUCCUCAGUAUGUUCCUGUCAUUUGGAGGAGAAGCUUCCACUCCAAGAGUAUCCGUCCAGCCCCCUCAGUGAAAAGUAAGAACCAGGCUUGUCAUCAGUAUAAUUAGGAUUUAUUCGAACAUACUUUUUAGUCGGAAAGCUUAGAGUCUGGGACGAAACUAGGUAGAUUGUUUCAAUGUUAAUCAGGUGUAGUUAUUGGCACCAUGGUGCUUGCCUACGGAGCUGUGAGGGGAACGGCACCUCGUUACCUUCAGGCUCUGAUCAGACCCUACACCCAAACGAGGGCACUACGUUCAUCCACCUCUGGCCUGCUAGCUCCCCUACCUCUACAGAAGCACAGCUCCUGCUAAGCCCAGUCAAAGCUAUUUGCUGCUCUGGCAACCCAAUGGUGGAACAAGCUCCCCCAAGACGCCAGGACAGUGGAGUCACCUGACCACCUUCCGGAGACACUUGAAACCCUACCUCUUUAAGGAAUACCUGGAAUAGAAUAAAGCAAUCCUUCUACCCCCCCCCCCCCCCCCCACCAUUAAAAAAAUAUGAAAAAAAGUGGUUGUCCCACUGGCUAUCAUAAGUUGAAUGCACCAAUUUGUAAGUCGCUCUGGAUGAGAGCGUCUGCUAAAUGAUGUAAAUGUUAUUGGCUGCAGUCUGCUACAUCAAAACGGCUUCGACCUGUGAUGUCAGCAGCUGCAAUCUACCGCCACUGUGAUUGGCAUAGAAAAAGGUUUCAACCAGAAUUCACAGUUGAAAGGUCAGGGGUCGUGUCUAAACCAUUUCAUUAUCCAGUUAGGAGUGAGCUCUAACAAAAGAGGGUCAGAAGGGCAGUAACAUGAAAAUAAUGGAGCAGUCACAACAAAGAGGGAGAUAUCCACUAGAGCAAUAUGGUUCUGGAUUGUUCUGCUCAAAUCCCCUUAGUGCAAUGUGCUCUUAAAUACAUCCCAAAUCAGAUUUAGAACCAGUCAAAAUGUGUGUCAGUGUUUUACAAUCCUCCUGCGAGUACGUGAGGGUGUUAUUGCUUAUGUGUGUCAUUCAUGCAGCCCGGGACACUAUAGGGGCUGUCCCCCAAUGCGUCUUGGGAGUUCCCCCUCAUUGUGACGGUGCUGUGUCAUGGUGCUGAAGGGUUAAGGUCCCAUAUUGGAGGGGAGAUUCUGGGGGGGCGGUGAUGGAGGUGGUAGUUGGGGUGACUACUAGCCUCAACAAAAGAUAAUCAGCUGUGCGGUGCUCUGCCUGUCCAAUAAAAAGAGCUGUGGCUAACUGGAGCAUGGCCGGGUUACUUUCAGACCACUGAGCCUCACGGGGGGGGGGACCGGCUUACAACCAUUGCACAACCCCUCCCCCUCAUUUGCCUCUCUCUCCAGCCGUCCUGCUCUGCUGCUACCUGCACUAUGUCUCUCUCUUUUUUGUGCUCUCCCUCUCUAUUCCAUCGUUUAGAUUCAGUGUUGUAAAUCUCUCUGAUUAGUCUCCUCUCUUCUGUGCCAUUGAGUCUAUAUCUAUAGACAUCCAUCGGAUUCCUCUUCCAUCCCAUAUUUUCUCUCUGCUUUUUUUCUUUGUCCUCCUCUUCUCCCCCUUUCUUCAUUAAUGGUCUCUCAAUCACUAUUCUCUGUUUACAGCUUCUCUCUCUCUCUCUCUCUCUCUCUCUCUCUCCUCUCUCCUCUCUCUCCCUCUCUCUCUCUCUCUCUCUCUCUCUCUCCUCUCUCUCUCUCCUCUCUCUCUCUCUCUCUCUCUCUCUCUCUCUCUCUCUCUCUCUCUCUCUCUCUCUCUCUCUCUCUCUCUCUCUCUCUCUCAUUAUAUCUUACAUCCCCUCCCAGUGUGUUAUCUCCACAUUAUAGCUAGUUGCCCUAUUUUUAGAUGCAUCCUAUCACACAUCCUGUGCCUAUGUGGGUUGGUACCAUUCCCUCUCUCUCUCGUGUUUCUCCCUCUGUCCCCCUCUCUCUGUCUCGGUCUCUCUCUGCAGGUCUCCUGGAUGUGGACACAGAGCAGCAGGCAAGAGAGAGCAUGCAUUAUCAGCAGGAAGGAGCAGGGGUAGGAGGGAAGGUGCGGGCGCUGUCGUCGACAACGACGCUGUCAGUCACAGUGGUAGGCCAGCUGAAACCCGAAGGCCCCUCCCACACAGGGAGAGAGGCGGAUGCUGCCGCUGCUGCGGCUCUUAGCAACAGUGAGCCCCGGCGCCCUGAGCCCGCACCUCCUCAGCCCCCUAUGGACCUGCCCAUCGAAGGCCACACACUGAGGCACUACACCCGCUCCAGGCCCAGACCCAACCGCCGGAACAGCAAGCCGCCCACCAAGCCCCAGGUAAGAGGCAACAUUGACGAGCACAGACCAUGGAGGAUGGGGAUGGAGGGAUGAAAGGGAGGCACAGAGAGAGGAAGACAGAGCGGGGGGGAUGCAGGGAGAGGCUAAUUAAUUGUAGCGACAGCGCUGCUUUCUGAGAGAAGGAUAGAUGAGAAGGGAUGGCGAGAAAGAGAGAUGAGGGAAGAGAAAAAUCAGGGGACAGCAGAGAGAAUGGUGAUGGAGGGAGAGGGGGAGGGAAGCAGAGUUCUGAUGGCGGUACUCAGGUUAUUGCAGCCACAGCAGCAGAGGCAGUGUCAGUGCCUUGCAGCUCUGGGCAUUCUCUCUCCAUCUCCCUCCUUCCCUCUCUCUGUCGAUCUGAUUCUAUUUCAUCGUCUUGUCAGUGCUGCUGCUGCUGCUGUAGCUGUUGAUGUGUUGAGGAGCCAUUUCUGUGUGUUUUCUCCAUAUUCUUCCCUGCAUUAACGAUUGUUCUGUGGUUCUCAAUAGUAGACUGGGUGCUGUCAGAACAGGGCACUCUCUCCACACUGAUUCUGGAUUGCUCUGCUCUGUGUGACUGCUGUAGUGUUUUAAUUAUUCAUGUUUUCACAUCGAGUGCUCUCUCUCCCCCUCUCUGUCGCUCCCCCCCUUCACUAUCGCUCUCCUGUUAAUGCCUUUAGGAGAAUCCCUCUUUUACAGUGGAAUAUUGUUAAGGACUGUCAGUGGGAACUGGUUGUGGGUGUGGGUGCGUCUGUGUGUCUGUCUGUGUUUGCAUGUAUGUAUUCAUCGUCGUGUUUGAUUAGAAUGUCUCAGGGUUCAGCUGGUGCUCCGUGAUGAUUGAUGGAGGUCUAGUGGUCUGUAUCUGGGGGGUGUGUGUAUUUUCCUCUGACACUGUCUGUUUUGCCAACUGAUCAAAUACAGCUCUCUGUUAUGUGUGAAAAACAAUGCUGCAGCCAUCUUAUAAGCAGAACUAGUUUAAAAUAUAUUGCUGAUAUAAGGUUCUUUGUAACAUUAUCUGUGUGUGUUUUUGUGUGUAUGUCGUUAGUUUUGCUACACCGAUGUUGUAGCGUGAUUCAUUGUUGGUGUAGUAACAAGGUAAUUGUUGUUCUUAUUGAAGGUAACACUGCAAUGGAAUGUUUACCACAUUAACUGGGUGUCUGUAUCUGCUGUGUUGUCAUUACUGGAACACAGUGUCGCCACUUUGUUAUUUAGACUGUAUUCAAGGUGCCCCUUGUGCCUGCAUUAUGUAUUUCCUGUGCUGUUGUCCCUGGUUACCUGUGUGCCUGUAAUGCAAUUGAAACAGUAUAUUCAGUGCUAUUUUCCAUGGUUACCUGCACUUCUGUAUAGUAAUUGUUCAUGCGGUAUUCCCUGUGUCGUUAUCUGGGCUUCUGGAGUCACUUUGCAGUCAGGCAGGAUGGGCGGCCAGCUCAGAUCAGAGAUUUUCUGGAGAGGACGGCUCUACUCCUCAGUUACCACAGAGAUGGGUUGGGCAGGAUGAGAGUCAGAUUGAACCGCUUUACCCUUCUAUGGAAAAGGCAGAAGUUUACAGAUACUUGAAGCUAAGUGUAAUGAAGUUUUUUGUGUCUGGAUCUAUAUGUUUUUAUGAGCAUAAAACAUGCAUGUGUAUCACAAGCAGAUUUGUCUGUGCAUGUUUGUAAUGUGUGAUAAUGUAGCUAGUUGGCCUGGUGAAAUAAGGGGCCAGGUGGUGGUGGUUGGAGCUUGGAGGGCUGCUGGCUGUGUUGACUGUGGAAAAGGAAGGGGCAGGGUCUACUGUCAUUCUGCUGUAACACUCACUGUGGUUGGUGGUGGUGGUGGGACUGCACCUUCAUCGGGGUGUGCCUGCUGCCUGGCCCACUUUGAAAAUGCUCACACAUGACUAUCGACUGUAUAUUUUUCCUGCAGCAGCAUUUUAUUACAUCUGUAGAAAAAUGUAAAACAAUCUGCAUUUGAUUUUAUGCAACAGCAUCCCUCCCCCUAAAAUAUCUUGCCUCAAUGUUGCAGAGCGAGAGCUUUUUGUCGUCAUGAGGUUUGUUCAUAAACCAUUCACUUGCCAUCACUCAGUGCUAUGCUGAAGCCAAAACAUAGCCAGUCCAGUGCUAUAUGAGGAAUUUCACAUUCUGCAAAUGGUGGGGAACUCCUACUGAAUGAUGCGCUGGGAAUGUGGGGUAGACGAUUAUUUGAAAUCCAAGAUAUCAUAUUAUCAAACAGGACAAGUCAGACCAUAUGUCAGUGAUUUCUCUUAAAUGUUAUGCUCUCCUUGUUAUACAGUUAAUUGACUAUUAUAGAAUUAGUUUGAGAUAUGAUAAAUGACCAGAGCCCUCUACCUACAUUGACAUGGACUGUAGGUGGGAAAAGGCCACUUAUUGAUGUCCUAUGUACCAUAAUAGACGAUACACUGCAAAGAAAAUAGUGUCCUGCCCCCUUCUACAUUAUGGAGAAACCAAUAGACACACUCCUUCUACCACACAGUCUAUCAGUAAGUGUUGCUAUGCUAUAUAUAUAUAUAUAUAUACAGUGGGGGAAAAAAGUAUUUAGUCAGCCACCAAUUGUGCAAGUUCUCCCACUUAAAAAGAUGAGAGAGGCCUGUAAUUUUCAUCAUAGGUACACGUCAACUAUGACAGACAAAAUGAGAAAAAAAAAUCUAGAAAAUCACAUUGUAGGAUUUUUAAUGAAUUUAUUUGCAAAUUAUGGUGGAAAAUACGUAUUUGGUCACCUACAAACAAGCAAUAUUUCUGGCUCUCACAGACCUAUAACUUCUUCUUUAAGAGGCUCCUCUGUCCUCCACUCGUUACCUGUAUUAAUGGCACCUGUUUGAACUUGUUAUCAGUAUAAAAGACACCUGUCCACAACCUCAAACAGUCACACUCCAAACUCCACUAUGGCCAAGAGCAAAGAGCUGUCAAAGGACACCAGAAACAAAAUUGUAGACCUGCACCAGGCUGGGAAGACUAAAUCUGCAAUAAGUAAGCAGCUUGGUUUGAAGAAAUCAACUGUGGGAGCAAUUAUUAGGAAAUGGAAGACAUACAAGACCACUGAUAAUCUCCCUCGAUCUGGGGCUCCACGCAAGAUCUCACCCCGUGGGGUCAAAAUGAUCACAAGAACGGUGAGCAAAAAUCCCAGAACCACACGGGGGACCUAGUGAAUGACCUGCAGAGAGCUGGGACCAAAGUAACAAAGCCUACCAUCAGUAACACACUACGCUGCCAGGGACUCAAAUCCUGUAGUGCCAGACGUGUCCCCCUGCUUAAGCCAGUACAUGUCCAGGCCCGUCUGAAGUUUGCUAGAGUGCAUUUGGAUGAUCCAGAAGAGGAUUGGGAGAAUGUCAUAUGGUCAGAUGAAACCAAAAUAGAACUUUUUGGUCAAAACUCAACUCGUCGUGUUUGGAGGACAAAGAAUGCUGAGUUGCAUCCAAAGAACACCAUACCUACUGUGAAGCCUGGGGGUGGAAACAUCAUGCUUUGGGGCUGUUUUUCUGCAAAGGGACCAGGACGACUGAUCCGUGUAAAGGAAAGAAUGAAUGGGGCCAUGUAUCGUGAGAUUUUGAGUGAAAACCUCCUUCCAUCAGCAAGGGCAUUGAAGAUGAAACGUGGCUGGGUCUUUCAGCAUGACAAUGAUCCCAAACACACUGCCCGGGCAACGAAGGAGUGGCUUCGUAAGAAGCAUUUCAAGGUCCUGGAGUGGCCUAGCCAGUCUCCAGAUCUCAACCCCAUAGAAAAUCUUUGGAGGGAGUUGAAAGUCUGUGUUGCCCAGCGACAGCCCCAAAACAUCACUGCUCUAGAGGAGAUCUGCAUGGAGGAAUGGGCCAAAAUACCAGCAACAGUGUGUGAAAACCUUGUGAAGACUUACAGAAAACGUUUGACCUGUGUCAUUGCCAACAAAGGGUAUAUAACAAAGUAUUGAGAAACUUUUGUUAUUGACCAAAUACUUAUUUUCCACCAUAAUUUGCAAAUAAAUUCAUAAAAAAUCCUACAAUGUAAUUAUUUUGAAAAAAAAAUCUCAUUUUGUCUGUCAUAGUUGACGUGUACCUAUGAUGAAAAUUACAGGCCUCUCUCAUCUUUUUAAGUGGGAGAACUUGCACACUUGGUGGCUGAAUAAAUACUUUUUUUCCCCACUGUAUAUAUAUACAGUGAGGGAAAAAAGUAUUUGAUCCCCUGCUGAUUUUGUACGUUUGCCCACUGACAAAGACAUGAUCAGUAUAUCAUUUUAAUGGUAGGUUUAUUUGAACAGUGAGAGACAGAAUAACAACAAAAAAAUCCAGAAAAACACGUCAAAAAUGUUAGAAAUUGAUUUGCAUUUUAAUGAGGGAAAUUAGUAUUUGACCCCUCUGCAAAACAUUACUUAGUACUUGGUGGCAAAACCCUUUUUGGCAAUCACAGAGGUCAGACGUUUCUUGUAGUUGGCCACCAGGUUUGCACACAUCUCAGGAGGGAUUUUGUUCCACUCCUCUUUGCAGAUCUUCUCCAAGUCAUUAAGGUUUUGAGGCUGACGUGUGGCAACUCGAACCUUCAGCUCCCUCCACAGAUUUUCUAUGGGAUUAUGGUCUGGAGACUGGCUAGGCCACUCCAGGACCUUAAUGUGCUUCUUCUUGAGCCACUCCUUUGUUGCCUUGGCCGUGUAUUUUGGGUCAUUGUCAUGCUGGAAUACCCAUCCAGGACCCAUUUUCAAUGCCCUGGCUGAGGGAAGGAGGUUAUCACCCAAGAUUUGACGGUACAUGGCCCCGUCCAUCGUCCCUUUGAUGCAGUGAAGUUGUCCUGUCCCCUUAGCAGAAACCCCCCCCAAAGCAUAAUGUUUCCACCUCCAUGUUUGAUGGUGGGGAUGGUGUUCUUGGGGUCAUAGGCAGCAUUCCUCCUCCUCCAAACACGGCGAGUUGAGUUGAUGCCAAAGAGCUCCAUUUUGGUCUCAUCUGACCACAACACUUUCACCCAGUUCUCCUCUGAAUCAUUCAGAUGUUCAUUGGCAAACUUCAGAUGGCCCUGUAUAUGUGUUUCCUGAGCAGGGGGACCUUGUGGGCGCUGCAGGAUUUCAGUCCUUCACGGCGUAGUGUGUUACCAAUUGUUUUCUUGGUGACUAUGGUCCCAGCUGCCUUGAGAUCAUUGACAAGAUCCUCCCGUGUAGUUCUGGGCUGAUUCCUCACCGUUCUCAUGAUCAUUGCAACUCCACGAGGUGAGAUUUUGCAUGGAGCCCCAGGCCGAGGGAGAUUGACAGUUCUUUUGUGUUUCUUCCAUUUGCGAAUAAUCGCACCAACUGUUGUCACCUUCUCACCAAGCUGCUUGGCGUUGGUCUUAUAGCCCAUUCCAGCCUUGAGUAGAUCUACAAUCUUGUCCCUGACAUCCUUGGAGAGCUCUUUGGUCUUGGCCAUGGUGGAGAGUUUGGAAUCUGAUUGAUUGAUUGCUUCUGUGGACAGGUGUCUUUUUAUACAGGUAACAAACUGAGAUUAGGUGCACUCCCUUUAAGAGUGUGCUCCUAAUCUCAGCUCGUUACCUGUAUAAAAGACACCCGGGAGCCAGAAAUCUUUCUGAUUGAGAGGGGGUCAAAUACUUAUUUCCCUCAUUAAAAUGCAAAAUCAAUUUAUAACAUUUUUGACAUGCGUUUAUCUGGAUUUAUUUGUUGUUAUUCUGUCACUCACUGUUCAAAUAAACCUACCAUUAAAAUUAUAGACUGGUCAUUUCUUCGUCAGUGGGCAAACGUACAAACUCAGCAGGGGAUCAAAUACUUUUUUCCCUCACUCUAUAUAGACAGGGUAUAUAUAUGAAAGUGUUAGUGUGUUGCCAUCAAUGGAAACACCAUCUUUGUGCUUUAUGGCAAGUCUUUUUCUCUUCCUGAAGAUAGGGUGGGGUGAUGGGGAUCGGUGCUCUCUGAUUGGCUGGGAGGUGCUAAAUUAUUUAUAAUCCAUUUCUCAUUCGGCGUGGCACCCUAUUUGCAUACGGUUGUUAUAGUUGUUCUGCAGCGGGUUGGUUCUCCUGCUCUCUGUAACCACAGCGCCUAAAGGCCUCUCUCCUCUCUCACAGUCUAUUCAGCAGCAGCUACACUCACAGACUGGCUAAAUACAGAACAACGUCUCAAACACUAGCCUACCCUCUGUGCACUGAGAGACACUGACAAAACAGUUCUUGCCUUCACUCUAUUCCCACCACUGAUAAUUGUCAGCCAAUACUACCUGUCAAAAUGUUGUGCACUGCCUGUUUGUAUCUGAGUAAGCGACAGACAGCCAGGAAGAGAUUUGUGAACUGCUCUUCCCACCAGCCUGCUAAAUAACAGUGAAUAAUUAAUCUAUUAAACCAUCACAGUAUGAUCCAAACUAAAGAGCUGCUCUUCAGACUGGAACAGAGGGAGAGGAGAGAGUGGUGGUGGUGAAGGGUGUGUCUGAGAGAUGUAAUCAUAUUGUGGAGGAUGGGGCUGAGGGGUUGUUCUCUCCUGGGACCUGAAGCACAGAUGUGCCUGCUGCAGACACACACUAAUGGUCUAUAGAAUAGAGAGGAUGAUGUAUUUGUGUCCGUGAUUGCGUGUGUGUGUGUAUGGGUGCGUGUUUGUUCAUAAACAUAUGUUUUUCUUUAGUGCAUAUCUGUUGGCAAGCAUCCUAAUCAGUAUGUGUACAGUGAGUGUGAGAGUGUACUCAGCCUACACUGAUCAGUCACACAAUGGUAUUACCAUAAGCAUCCGCCAAGCCACUUAUCUUAUUGGUUAUGCUAUGCUGGCUCGGCCAAUAAGCAAAAGUUAUUUUUUUUGCAACGCUACAGGGGGAUUUGACAUUAGCAGAUGAACCACAAUGCUCGCUCUCUUUUGCACAUACUGAGUCACAAUUAUCUUCUGUUGGUGUUUUUGCACGUGCGUGUGUGUGUGUGUGUGUGCGUGUGUGCAGGAGCAGGCAGCUGAGAGUGAAGAGAAUGAAGCCAAUGAGACCAUUGGUAGGGUGGAUGAGGGAGUAGAGGAGUUUUUCACUAAGAAGAUCAUCCCUGAUGACCCUCUGUAAGUAUCCAUAUAGUAUACACUACCGGCCAAAAGUUUUAGAACACCUACACAUUCAAGGGUUUUUCUUUAUUUUUACGUUGUAGAAUAAUAGUGAAGACAUCAAAACUAUCAAAUAACACAUAUGGAAUCAUGUAGUAACCAAAAAAGUGUUAAACAAAUCAAGAUAUAUUUUAUAUUUGAGAUUCUUCAAAUAGCCACCCAUUGCCUUCUCCAAAUAUGCUGAGCACUUGUUGGCUGCUUUUCCUUCACUCUGCGGUCCGACUCAUCCCAAACCAUCACAAUUUGGUUGAGGUCGGGUGAUUGUGGAGGCCAGGUCAUCUGAUGCAGCACUCAUCACUCUCCUUCUUGGUAAAAUAGCCCUUACACAGCCUGGAGGUGUGUUGGGUCGUUGUCCUGUUGAAAACCAGAUGGGAUGGCGUAUCGCUGCAGAAUGCUGUGGUAGCCAUGCUGGUUAAGUGUGCCUUGAAUUCUAAAUAAAUCACAGACAGUGUCACCAGCAAAGCACCCCCACACUAUAACACCACCUCCUCCAUGCUUUACGGUGGGAAAUACACAUGCGGAGGUCAUCCGUUCACCCACACCGCGUCUCACAAAGACAUGGCAGUUGAAACCAAAAAUCUCCAAUUUGGACUCCAGACCAAAGGACACAUUUCCACCAGUCUAAUGUCCAUUGCUCGUGUUUCUUGGCCCAAGCAAGUCUCUUCUUCUUAUUGGUGUCCUUUAGUAGUGGUUUCUUUGCAGCAAUUCAACCAUGAAGGUCUGAUUCACUGAACAGUUGAUGUUGAGAAGUGUCUGUUACUUGAACUCUCUGAAGCAUUUAUUUGGGCUGCAAUUUCUGAGGCUGGUAACUCUAAUGAACUUAUCCUCUGCAGCAGAGGUAACUCUGGGUCUUCCAUUCCUGUGGCGGUCCUCAUGAGAGCCAGUUUCAUCAUAGCGCUUGAUGGUUUUUGCGACUGCACUUGAAGAAACUUUCCGGAUUGACUGACCUUCAUGUCUUAAAGUAAUGAUGGACUGUCAUUUCUCUUUUCUUAUUUGAGCUGUUCUUGCCAUAAUAUGGACUUGGUCUUUUACCAAAUAGGGCUAUCUUCUGUAUACCCCUACCUUGUCACAACACAACUGAUUGGCGCAAAUGCAUUAAAAAGGAAAGAAAUUCCACAAAUUAACUUUUAAGAAGGCACACCUGUUAAUUGAAAUGCAUUCCUGGUGACUACCUCAUGAAGCUGGUUGAGAGAAUGCCAAGAGUGUGCAAAGCUGUCAUCAAGGCAAAGGCUGGCUAUUUGAAGAAUAUAAAAUAUAAAAUAUAUUUUGAUUUGUUUAACACUUUUUUUGUGGUUACUACAUGAUUCCAUGUGUUAUUUAAUAGUUUUGAUGUCUUCACUAUUAUUCUACAAUGUAGAAAAUAGUAAAAAUAAAGAAAAACCCUUGAAUGAGUAGGUGUUGUAAAACUUUUGACCGGUAGUGUACCUCCAAGUGAAUACACCUUUCCAUACUAACACACAUACAGCAUAGAUGUACUGCAUGCACCCACACUAAACAAACCAACCAACACUAGCUCUCUACACCUACAUCCUCUACACAUGCAUGUUCACACACUCCCACGAAGACUGACAGAUAUGGCUACACACACCAUGCAUACAUAUUGUACAAACAGAAAGAUAACAGAUUGUAUUAGAAGAAUGUUUGUCUACUGUGGUUGAAAACAAUGUAUCCCAAAUACACAGCAUCCCACUGAUCCCAGCACCAAAGCCAUGACAUCCCAUCACUAGAUAGAGUAUGAACACUGAACAAGCACCACCACUGAAUGGAGACUCAGUAGUGUUGUUGCUGUUUUGUGCUUCACCUCAAUUGCAGAAAAGCGCAGAGGGAGGAGAUCCCUGACAAAGCACAACCCACAGAGUCGACCUCCACCACCCCUGCCCCACCCAGCACACCUGCCCCGGCACCGCCCUCCACCACCACCACCACCUCCUCUAGCACCUCUUCCUCCUCCACGACUGUAACAACCACCCCUUCCUCCGCCCCCUCCAAAAAAAUCAAGAAGAGGUUUGGGGACUUCUUCGCCUUCAAGAAAGGCCGUGCUGGCCAGGGGGCGAAGGGCGAGGUCAAAAAGACCUCCAUUGCAGAUCUAAUCAGACCACUCAGGGAGGCAAAAGAGAAGGAAAAAGAGAGGGAACGAGAGAAAAAGGGGAAAUUGGAAGAGGAGAGUGGUGCUAAGGCCACCAGUGUUAAUGAUUCUGAUGCCACCACAACAGUAAGAGCAGCAGAGGACAACACCAUGGCCCCCGCCACUCCCUCUGAAGUCCCCACCGCCUCCCUGCCCACCAGUGCCCACGCCCAAGAGGAGGUGUCCCCCAGCCCUGUCAUCAGCCCUAUCGGAGGGUUCCUGACGGAGAAGGAGAAGAGCAGGACCCCAGAUGGAGAGAGGAGGCUGAAGGCCACACGGCGCACCCUCAGGGACGGCAAGUCCCAGUCCCUCAUCCUGCUGACAGGCCUGGAGGAUGGCACUGCCACACAUGGAAAGGUAGGUACCACUCUGCACUGGUCAGAAAGCACAUAGAACCAAUCUGUAAUAAACAAAAUGCACAUAAUUUAGAUAUGCUUUUGGUCAUCCUUUUUCAGAAACACGCAUCUGAGAGCACAUCCAGCCUUGAGCAGCGCCUCCACGUCAUGCUCCACCGCAUGGGGGUGGCCAAGACACCACCUGCAGACACAAAGACCAGCCAGGUGCGUGUGUGUGUUCUCUAGUUGAUUAUUAUGUUCUGAGCCCCCAGCUGUAGUGGGUUUCAUUUAGGAUAACAGUACCUUUGUGACAUUCUUGUAAUGUGGCAUACCUGAUAGUGAAGCUGUGACAGCCUUGGUAUUGUAAAGGAUUUAAUAGGGCUUAUCCACUGCAGCCUGCAUUUUCAGUCCAGGUAGGAGCACAUAGGAGGAUAACUCAAGAAUAACAUUCUCGUAUAUCGCCUUGUAGAACAAAGAAGAGGAGCUGAGGAAAGCCAACUCCGAGGGUAAGACUCUCCCCACUCCUCCUCAGCUGUGUAUCUGGGACUUCCUGUUCUUAGCUCCUCUACACACUGUAUGUAGGAGAGACUGGGGUUGGUUGUCACACUUACUAAUUAGUGCAUUUCUCGCAGGUUGAUGUUUACUGUCAUGAAUCUUGUCCUGGAGGCAGAACUGAGUGAUUUCCCCUUAGAUAGGCCAGCUGCAAAGUCAGAAUUGGCUAUGUUGUAAAAAUUCAUGAUAACAAAUUAGCUUUUUGUCUUAAUUUAAGGUUAGGGUUAGGCAUUAGGAUUAGCCGUGUGGUUAAAGUUAGUGUUAAGGUUAGGGUUAGGUUUAAAAUCAGAUUGUAUGACUUUGUGGCUGUGCCAGCUAGCGACCCCUUACGGAAAUGAAAUAUAUUGAAGAUGUCUUUUUCAUCAUAUAUCUUAAAGCAUAUUAUAUAUUUUCAGAAAUAAAUUCUUUGGUAUAUUGUAAACAUGUAAUUGUUUGAUAUAUUGUAAUAUACUAUAAUAUAUCUAAAUAUAUUACAAAAUAUGCAAGUAACUGCCGCUUUAAGAUAUAACAGUAUAUUAUAAAAUGUGUUGUGAUAUAUUAUAAUAUACUGUAUCUAUCAAUAUUAGCCAUAAUGACAAAAAUAUAUCAAGCAUUAUAAUGAUUAUUAUUUUAGAUUAAAGCGCCAACAGUGCAGGUGUGAAUGAAACAAUAAUACAUAAAUGAAAUAAUAUAUACAGUUGAAGUUGGAAGUUUACAUACACUUAGGUUGGAGUCAUUAAAACUAGUUUUUCAACCACUCCACACAUUUCUUGUUAACAAACUAUAGUUUUGGAAAGUCGGUUAGGGCAUUUACUUUGUGAAUGACCCAAGUAAUUUUUCCAACAAUUGUUUACAGACAGAGUAUUUCACUUAUAAUUCACUGUAUCACAAUUCCAGUGGGUCAGAGGUUUACAUACACUAAGUUGACUGUGCCUUUAAACAGCUUGGAAAAUUCCAGAAAAUGAUGUCAUGGCUUUAGAAACUUCUGAUAGGCUAAUUGACAUCAUUUGAGUCAAUUGGAGGUGUACCUGUGGAUGUAGCUUGACAUCAUGGGAAAAUCAAAAGAAAUCUGCCAAGACCUCAGAAAUGUUUUUGUAGACCUCCACAAGUCUGGUUCAUCCUUGGGAGAAAUUUCCAAACGCCUGAAGGAACCACGUUCAUCUGUACAAACAAUAGUACGCAAGUAUAAACACCAUGGGACAACGCAGCCGUCAUACCCCUCAGGAAGGAGACGCGUUCUGUCUCCUAGAGAUGAACGUACUUUGGUGCGAAAAGUGCAAAUCAAUCCCAGAACAACAGCAAAGGACCUUGUGAAGAUGCUGGUGGAAUCAGGUACAAAAGUAUCUAUAUCCACAGUAAAACGAGUCCUAUAUCGACAUAACCUGAAAGGCUGCUCAGCAAGGAAGAAGCCACUGUUCCAAAACCGCCAUAAAAAAGCCAAACUACGGUUUGCAACUGCACAUGGGGACAAAGUUCGUACUUUUUGGAGAAAUGUCCUCUAGUCUGAUGAAACAAAAAUAGAACUGUUUGGCAAUAAUGACCAUCGUUAUGUUUGGAGGAAAAAGGGGGUAGCUUGCAAGCCGAAGAACACCAUCCCAACCGUGAAGCACGGGGGUGGCAGCAUCAUGCUGUGGGGGUGCUUUGCUGCAGGAGGGACUGGUGCACUUCACAAAAUAGAUGGCAUCAUGAGGAAGGAAAAUGAUGUGGAUAUAUUGAAGCAACAUCUCAAGACAUCAGUCAGGAAGUUAAAGCUUAGUCGCAAAUGGGUCUUCCAAAUGGACAAUGACCCCAAGCAAUCUUCCAAAGUUGUGGCAAAAUGGCUUAAGGACAACAAAGUCAAGGUAUUGGAGUGGCCAUCACAAAGCCCUGACCUCAAUCCUAUAGAACAUUUGUGGGCAGAACUGAAAAAGCUUGUGCGAGCAAGGAGGCCUACAAACCUGACUCAGUUACACCAGCUCUGUCAGGAGGAAUGGGCCAAAAUUCACCCAACUUAUUGUGGGAAGCUUGUGGAAGGCUACCCGAAACAUUUGACCCAAGUUAAACAAUUUAAAGGCAAUGCUACCAAAUACUAAUUGAGUGUAUGCAAACUUCUGACCCACUGGGAAUGUGAUGAAAUAAAUAAAAGCUGAAAUAAAUCAUUCUCUCUACAAUUAUUCUGACAUUUCACAUUCUUAAAAUAAAUUGUUGAUCCUAACUGACCUAAGACAGGGAAUUUUUACUAGGAUUAAAUGUCAGGAAUUGUGAAAAAUUGAGUUUAAAUGUAUUUGGCUAAGAUGUAUGUAAACUUCCGACUUCAACUAUACAUACAGUGAGGGAAAAAAGUAUUUGAUCCCCUGUUGAUUUUGUACGUUUUCCCACUGACAAAGACAUGAUCAGUCUAUAAUUUUAAUGGUAGGUGUAUUUGAACAGUGAGAGACAGAAUAACAACAAAAAAAUCCAGAAAAACGCAUGUCAAAAAUGUUAUAAAUUGAUUUGCAUUUCAAUGAGGGAAAUAAGUAUUUGACCCCUCUGCAAAACAUGACUUAGUACUUGGUGGCAAGAGUAUGUUUAACUCGAACGUUCAGCUCCCUCCACAGAUUAUCUAUGGGAUUAAGGUCUGGAGCCUGCUUAGGCCACUCCAGGACCUUAAUGUGCUUCUUCUUGAGCCACUCCUUUGUUGCCUUGGCUGUGUGUUUUGGGUCAUUGUCGUGCUGGAAUACCCAUCCACGACCCAUUUUCAAUGCCCUGGCUGAGGGAUUUGACGGUACAUGGCCCCGUACAUCGUCCCUUUGAUGCGGUGAAGUUGUCCUGUCCCCUUAGCAGAAAAACACCCCCAAAGCAUGUUGUUUCCACCUCCAUGUUUGACGGUGGGGAUGAUGUUCUUGGGGUCAUAGGCAGCAUUCCUCCUCCUCCAAACACGGCGAGUUGAGUUGAUGCCAAAGAGCUCCAUUUUGGUCUCAUCUGACCACAACACUUUCACCCAGUUCUCCUCUGAAUCAUUCAGAUGUUCAUUGGCAAACUUCAGACGGGCCUGUAUAUGUGCUUUCUUGAGCAGGGGGACCUUGCGGGUGCUGCAGUCCUUCACAGCGUAGUGUGUUACCAAUUGUUUUCUUAGUGACUAUGGUCCCAGCUGCCUUGAGAUCAUUGACAAGAUCCUCCCGUGUAGUUCUGGGCUGAUUCCUCACCGUUCUCAUGAUCAUUGCAACUCCACGAGGUGAGAUCUUGCAUGGAGCCCCAGGCCGAGGGAGAUUGACAGUUAUUUUGUGUUUCUUCCAUUUGCGAAUAAUCACACCAACUGUUGUCACCUUCUCACCAAGCUGCUUGGCAAUGGUCUUGUAGCCCAUUCCAGCCUUGUGUAGGUCUACAAUCUUGUCCCUGACAUCCUUGGAGAGCUCUUUGGUCUUGGCCAUGGUGGAGAGUUUGGAAUCUGAUUGAUUGAUUGCUUCUGUGGACAGGUGUCUUUUAUACAGGUAACAAGCUGAGAUUAGGAGCACUCCCUUUAAGAGUGUGCUCCUAAUCUCAGCUCGUUACCUGUAUAAAAGACACCUGGGAGCCAGAAAUCUUUCUGAUUGAGAGGGGGUCAAAUACUUAUUUCCCUCAUUAAAAUGCAAAUCAAUUUAUAACAUUUUUGACAUGCGUUUUUCUGGAUUUUUUUGUUGUUAGUCUGUCUCUCACUGUUCAAAUAAACCUACCAUUAAAAUUAUAGACUGAUCAUUUCUUUGUCAGUGUGCAAACGUACAAAAUCAGCAGGGGAUCAAAUACUUUUUUCCCUCACUGUAUUUACAACUGUGAUAAUUAUAAAUAUAAAUGUCCAUUGGGGUGUGGGGAGGGGAAUUGUCCAUUGGGGGAGGGGGGGUGGAUUAAAUGUCCAUAGAGGGAGCAGAGGGGCGGUUUGGGUAGGAGUAGUGACUAGCAGUGUUGCCAACUUAGCGACUUUGUCACUAUAUUUAGCGAGUUUUCAGACCCCUCUAGCGACACAUUUUCAAAAAAGCGACUAGCAACAAAUCUAGCGAAAAAACAUUUUCUGGUGUUAUUGGAGACUUUUAGAGACACUGACGUGAAAGCACGUAUCGUUCUUACUCUUCUCAACGAGCAGCGGGUGCUGCCGUGGGCCCCACCCCUGUCCCAAAGCACUCACAGGCGUCCCAGUCCUCGCGCAGAAGUCCCUACCAGCUGCAGUCAGAGCAGGAGAAGUUCACCCCUCCACGUCCAGACUGCAAAUGAAUCGCGCAUGCGGGAAGCCGCCGCUGGCUCAUCCCGCCCUAGCUUACAUUCAGGGCGGGAUGUAAAUGUAGGGUGUUUUUUACUCACUUUUUGUCUCUCCCACAACGUUAUUCCUACAGCAUCCAUCACAAUUACAUGCACAUGGCCAAUUAUGCAAAUUAGGUUGAAGACAAGGAAUGCUUUUCAAUCAGGAACAGGUGUGCGUGUGUGUGAAUGUUGCUGAUUCUGUCGGAGUCGCAUGACUUACAGUUUUGACAAGCGGGUCCGGACCGGACCAAAACAGAACCAAUCAUAGACAUCCAUGUUUCCCAUGUUUUGACAGCACAUUAUACAGUAGAGCACAGCUGAGUACAGGAAAGAAAAGUAGUGUAUUCCGUAGAGUACAGUAGAGUAUAGUUCAGUACAGUAGAGCACAGUAGGGUACAGUAAAGUAGAGUAUAGUACAGUAGAGUACACCACAGUAGGGUAGAGUACAAUAUGUAUUGUAUCUCAACUGUACUGUACUCCUAAUGUACUGUACUCUACUGAAUUAAACUCAACUGCACUGUACUGUACUCUGCUGAAUUCAACUCUACUGGACUGGACUAUGCUGUGCUGUUCAAAGUUGUGGAACAUAGAUGUCUUUUCAAUGUCCGGAAAACAAGUAUUCUAGGCAUCUUUUCAAUGUCAUUUAGCUUUAUUGGGUACAUUGUUACAAUGGGGAUGGUUGUGACAAGCAACCCAAACAUCAAUGUGACAACCAUUCCCAACCUUAAUUAGCAUGCUAAUUUAGAUGCUAGUUACCACAUGGCUUGAUCUAGGAACUCACAAAUAGGCUUGACAUAAAGCUCUCCCUUUCCUCUUAUCAAUAAAUGUAAUUGUUUAUGAAUACUCCCAUCAUACAACUAUUUAUUAAAUAAAUAACAAGCAUAUGAAUAUUUACUUUCACAGAUGAAAAAUGCAAUUAUUCCUCUCACCUCAACUGUUGAAUUGUAGACUGUCAAGUAAAAGUGUUGCUGUGACACUAGUGAUGUGAUUUGACAGUAGAUGCUAGUAUAAUGUAAAAUGCAGUUGUUGGGUUUUAUCCUGCCUCUUGAGUAACCAUUGAAAUAAUAGAUAAUUUUCUAACUAAUUUUGAUUUGAUAGAAAUUGAAAAACUGUGCUUAUUUCUGUAACAUUCACCUUCAGAUGGUAAAGGCCAGUGAGAAGACCAGUGAGGUAAAGGCCAUCAGAUAAAUCAAUCCUACAUCUAUAAAUAAAUAAAGUGAUACCUGGAGUUGACCCUAAGGUUAGAGCAGGCCAGAGAGGCUCAUGGGAGGUCAGAGCUACACACAGGCCAGCCUGGGAGUCACUCAGUGCUGGAGGUCAAAGGUCAGUUCACACAUCCACUCAGAAGGAAACUCGGCACUAUCAGCCAAUGGCUUGUACUCUAAAGGUGACAGUGACAGCUCCCUUAGAUGUAUUUUGUGUGGAUUUGUUAGUUUCUUUGUGUGUCAGGCUGCUUCAAUUAUGGUGGGGCUCAUAGUAUGUAUAGGUGAACCUACCAGUUUUCUAUAAUCUUCUCCUCUUUCUCAGGUGCAAUUCUUGACAAAAAAACGGAACCUCCACCCACGUUCAUGAAGCCUCGCACUAUGUCCACAUCAGCUUCAGGUAAUUCUGACACUUAAAGCUGGUGAAUGGAUGUCCAUGUAAUAAAUCCAUCCAUACUCUAAACCAUUAUGUAAAUGUUAUGUUGCAGUAAUGACUUCAGUGUACCUCCCUUCUCUCCUCAGACACCAGGCGGCCAAUCAGAGCAGGCGUAACACCUCUGGAGGCUAUCCGAACAGAUAAGCCCCUCCUCCCAGGACGUCACAUCGGCCCCCUCCCUCCCAAGCCCACAGUGGCAGCCAAACCCCCUCUCCCAGCCCCCCAGCAGCACCCUGCUGCCGCUAGGACGUCCCCGGGGUUUCCCCAGCAGCCAAGCAAAGCCACAGGCCCGGAGAACCAGCCAACAAAGCCAGAGCCCUCCCAGACCCACCCCCAGCAGAGGGAACCCCCCUGCCCCUCCCCCCGCAAGGAGACUCCCCCUGCCCCAUCGCCACGCAGGGGACCCUCUGCCCUGGAGAGCAGGGAGCGCUCUGAGAGAGCACAAUCAGUUACUGAAGGUACACUUAUAUACAGUCCUCACCUCUCUUCUUAACAGGGCAGAAUUUUGUUAUCCUUGGUGACAAAAUAUAUGAGCAGCGUUGGUGUUUUUCUGUCUGUGCAGAAAAAGUUAGUUUGUAUUUGUCUCUUCUCUUUGUCUCUCCCACUCUCUUUGAUUAUUUGUCUUCCAUUAUGAGCUUAAUAUGAAAUAAUGCAAGAUCAGUGAAUGCUCAGAGAAUAAUAACUACUUCAGUGUCUCUCUCUGUUUUCUAUAUACUGUAAUCGUUUGUGGAUGCCAGCUCCUAAUGCACUUGUCUGUAUUGGAAAGAUUGUUUUACACAAUCAAACAGAGCUGAGAUCAAUUCUGGGAGUCCAUUUGCCAGAAGUUGGACUGGAUUGGUUUUGACUCAACAAUGCAUAAUUUGAAUGACUGAAUUACUUGAUUUUACAGUGUAUUUCCCAAGUGCUCAAAGCAUUUUACAUUAAGAAGGGGGGAACUCCCUUCAUCCACCACCAAUAUUUAGCACCCACUCCUCUGAUGUUAUUUGGGUCCAGAUUAUGGCAGAGGAUGGCAUCCCAAACGUGUUGGGUAGUGCAAUGCCUGGUCUGGUCUUUUUGAAUGUCAUUGUGACUCAAGUGUCAAGUGCCUAAACCCACCUCCAGUUAUGUUGUGUGUGAUUGUGUAUCUGAGUCCUGUGUGUCUUGGUCGUCCCCUAGAGAGCCUUCCUAAACCCCGGCCCCGCAUGAAGCCCUCUCCCCAGCGGAGAGCUGUGUCUGUCUACGAGGACUCUCUCCUCCGAGAACAUGCUGCUCUGCUGGACCCCGAAGGUGAGCUCAGCAGCAGAGAGAGAGAGCACCUGGAUACCACAGGCUACUACAGAGGAUCAGAGCCAUAUACAAAGCCUAUACUGUAUUUACAUUUACGCCAUUUAGCAGACGCUCUUAUCCAGAGCAAAAGUAUUCACACCUCUUGACCUUUUCCACAUUUUGUUGUGUUACAGCCUGAAUUUAAAAUGUAUUAAAUUUAGAUUUUGUGUCAAUGGCCUACACACAAUACGCCAUAAUGUCAAAGUGGGAAAACAUUGUUUUUAGACAUUUUUACAAAUUCAUUAACAAUUAAAAGCUGAAAUGUCUUGAGUCAUUAAGUAUUCAACCCCUUUGUUAUGGCAAACCUAAAUAAGUCCAGGAGUAAAUAUUUGCUUAACAAGUCACAUAAUAGCAUGGAUUCACUCUGUGUUCAAUAAUAGUGUUUAACAUUAUUUUUGAAUGACUACCUCAUCUCUGUACCCCACACAUACAAUUAUCUGUAAGGUCCCUCAGUCGAGCAGUGCAUUUCAAACACAGAUUAGAUCACAAAGACCAGGGAGGUUUUCCAAUGCCUUGCAAUAUGCCCAGUCACUACCAAGAUACAGGCAUCCUUCCUAACUCAGUUUCCGGAGGAAAGAAACCGCUCAGGGAUUUCACCAUGAGGCCAAUGGUGACUUUGAAGUAGUUACAGAGUUGAAUGGCUGUGAUAGGAGAAAACUGAAGAUGGAUCAACAACAUUGUAGUUACUCCACAAUACUAACCUAAAUGACAGAGUGAAAAGAGGGAAGCCUGUACAGAAUAAAACAUAUUCCAAUACAUGCAUCCUGUUUGCAAUAAGGCACUAAAGUAAAACUGCAAAAAAUGUGGCAAAGAAAAUAACUGUCAUGAAUACAAAGUGUAAUGUUUGGGGCAAUUCCAACAAAACACCAAUGAGUACCACUCUUCAUAUUUUCAAGCAUGGUGGUGGCUGCAUCAUGUUAUGCUUGUCAUUGGCAAGGACAAGGGAUUUUUUUUGGAUAUAAAUAAACGAAAUAGAGCUAAGCACAGGCAACAUCCUAGAGGAAAACCUGGUUCAGUCCACUUUCCAACAGACACUGGGAGACAAAUUCACCUUUUUAGCAGGACAAAAACCUAAAACACAAGGCCAAAUAUACACUGUAGUAGCUUACCAAUUUCAUUUAUUUUAUUUUACCUUACCUUUAUUUAACCAGGUAAGCCAGUUGAGAACAAGUUCUCAUUUACAACUGCGAUCUGGCCAAGAUAAAGCAAAGCAGUGCGAUAAAAACAACAACAACCAAGAUGACAGUGAAUGUUCCUGAGUGGCCUAGUUACAGUUUUGACUUAAAUCGGCUUGAAAAUCUAUGGCUAGACUUGAAAAUAGCUGUCUAGCAAGGUUCAACAGCCAACUUGACAGAGCUUGAAGAAUUUCUUAAAGAAUAAUGUGCAAAUAUUGUACAAUCCAGGUGUGCAAGCUCUUAGACUUGCCAAAGGUGAUUCUAACAUGUAUAGACUCAGGUGUGUGUCAAAUACAUAGAAAAUCCUAGCUGUGUUCAUAGAUGUCCUGCUACACUUUGGAUCUGAGGUAAAUUCAUGAGGCAGGUUGUUUGUCUUUCUUCUCCCUCUCAGAGCUGAAGGCAGCAUUGCCUCGGUUGCAGAGGUCACCAGUCCAGAAACGUGCCAACCUUGGGGAGCUCCCUACCUGUAGUGAGGACCAGCCUGAGGGGAAGGAGGGUGAGUAAGGGGGUGUUAGAGUAAAAUCCUCAGUGUAAAAAUCUUCACAAUUACAUUUUGUGAGGAUAUUUACACUGAGGGUUUCAAUGGGGGGGGGGGAUAAUAAGUUACUAAAUAAAAAUGGUUUGAAAGGGAGAUUUUAAGAUGAGUGUAUGGCUGUAAAUGGAUGCUCUUUUUGAGGCAUUGUGCCAAAUGUAGAAAAUGUUUGGGGCCUUGGGCUAAUGGGCAUAUGCCCACUUGCUCCCCUUCUCUCUGCUUUGUCCUCCACUGUUGUUCUGUAAUGAUAAUAAUAACUCACCCAUCAGGCCCUCAGCACCACAUACACUGUAGUGCAAUUACCAUUCUAUUACAUCUCAUAUACUUGUUAGCAUUCUGACACAAGGAUAUUCAUCACAAUUUUCUGGCAAAUCACCUUCAAUUACAGGCAUGGAGGAGGACUGGAUAUCAGGUCCUCUAUGGUAGAAUUAAUGUGACAGAUUUAUUAAAGUGAUGCUUCAUCAUUAUGCCGACAAGCCUCAGUCAAUAUCUACCUUACAGCAUGCUCUAGAGUGCAGAUAUUAACGUCUAGAAUAACCUUGUUUUGGAUUAAACAGAAAUGACUUCUUGAAUGAUAAUAAUCUAAUCAAGAAACAUUUUUUAUUUUUCUGUUCAAUUUUGAUAGGUUUAUCUUUGUCUGUAAAAAAGGCAGGUUCUGUCUUGUUCUCUGUUGUCUUUGAGAUUGAAAAUCUAAUCUCUGCUGUGUUUUAUUAAUAAUCCAAACAGCAGGUGAAGCAGAGGAGAAGGAGAGGACUGGCGAGGGUGAGGAGAUGGACAGCUGGCCAGUAACAGAGGACAAGCCAGGGCCAAGCCCAGUGGGGGCCAGUCAGGGAGAGAGCACAGCAGAGAAGAGGGGAGAGACUGUCUCACAGCAGCACACAGCACAGGCAGAAACAUCAGACCAAAGAACUGAACCCCCCUUACCGGAGACACACAUGGAUUGACCUGCGCAUAGUCUAUUUUCUAUCAUGUCUACCUUUGCCUUGCACGCCAGAUUAUUUAAAAAAGAAAAUAAUUAUAAACAAAAUGUUUUAAAAAUAGUAAAUCCAUACCUAUACUUGUUAAUUAUUAAAAAGUUGAUUCUGAAGUGUCAUUAAGUGCACUGUCCUCCCUGCUUUAAUUUG